AUGCAAGCACGCUGGCCGCUAUCCGUUCUUUGCUUGAUAUUUCUACAGCUUUGCUAUGUGAACGCCCUGGUCGCAAAGGAGCCCAAACGACGCGGUUUAUUCGGUAACGCCUUCGAAUUCGACGAGGACAGAGAACACACGACUAUCGCCGCUGCUACGAGGUCGACCACGCCAAGUGCGACGCCCACUACCACUGGAAUACUUGGCGACAUUUUCUUGACUACUACCCAUUCUGCUUCUGGAUCACUGUCGGCGGGCCAUACCAAGGAAACGGACUCUAUUCGCAGUUACUCCGUGUUGGGCACGCCGCCACCGCCAAAGCCUGUAUCUGUCAGCGCGACACCGUUGUCACCAAUAAGCUCUCCCCCGGCAGAAACGACGGAAGCGCCACCAGAAGUUCCUGCGCCCACGCCUGGCUCGACACUGACUACAUCAAACGCAGAACUCGCCCAAUGGAAGGUGCUUGGGGUGACGGUUCUUUGUAUCGCAGUGGUGGCGGCCAUCAUCCUCUCCGUGAUGUUCUUCGACACGUGGUGGGGCUUCGUCAGAGACGUGUUCCUUGGGAAGAAGCGCAGAGAGGCGGCUGAGGAGCUGGUCCCGGACUGGGAAAAGAGGAGCUGGGAGCUUCGGAUGGUAAGCGAGGAUGGCCAUCGCUACCCGUCGCUCUCGUCGGUGGAAUCUAUCACGAAGUGGAAGGGCAUGAAGGGGGGCAAGAAGACGCCCGCAGAGACGACGACCGAGAAACCAGACCUGGAGUUGCCUAUGCCGACAUAUCGCCCAGACUACAACCCAUACGCCCUACACUCACCCCCGAGUUCGAAGCCUUGA